AUGUCAGAAAAAAUAGAUAAUUCAAUUAAAAAACAGAUAAAAGAUUCAGAACAUAUCAUUAAAGUGUUACAUAAUAAUUCAAAAGGUUCUACAAUAUAUUUAGUUGGAUGUAGUCAUAUAUCAGAUAAAUCAUCAAAGGCUGUUCAAGAUUUAUUAGAUAUAGUAAAACCAGAUACUGUGUUUUUAGAGUUAUCAGAAGAUAGAAAAGAUCAUCUGACGAUAAGUGAUGAGCAAGUAAAGGCAGAACUUGAGCGUACUCCUAGGAUACGUUGGUUUAGCAGUGAUCUUUCAAUCUUUUUGUUAAGUACAGUCGCUACAUUCUAUCAUUAUUCUUCUAAAAUCACAAAAUAUACAAGUGGAGAAGAGAUGAGAACAGCUUUUAAAUAUGCAAAAGAGAAUAAGUGCACUGUUGUUUUAGGUGAUAGAGAUCAAAUUCAAAGUUGGACAAAAGCUGUAAAUUCAAUUGAUGGUAAAUCAUUGUUGAAAAUCUAUAAAUCAUUAUGUGGAGUGGCCUAUUUAGUCAAUAAAUCAAGUGAAUCAGAGAUAAGACAGUUGCUUAUAAAAUAUAAAGAGGAUUUAGAUGAUUUGUCAAAAGGUGCAGAUUUUGAUUUGGAUUUCUUUAAAGACUAUCCAACACUCUAUAAAAUUCUAGUCAAUGAAAGAGAUAGAUACAUGGCGAGCACACUUCGAGACUCUCCAGGUAAAACUAUUGUUGGUGUGGUCGGUAGAGCUCAUUUACCAGGUAUAGCAAAACACAUCAAUGACCCAAUAGAAGGAUUCAAAGUAAGGACUGAGCUUGAAGAAACUACAAGUCCAUCUUUUAUUUCAAAAUACGGUUUACCAUUAUCGAUUGUAGCUGGAUUGACUUUGCCUGCAACUUUGGCACUUAGUUCAUUUUAUACUAUCAGAAAAAGAAUGUUUCCAAAAUCAAAUAGACCAUCAGUGGUGGUUGGAUUUUUAUGUUGUAUAGGAACAGAAUUGGCAAUUACAGACAGUUAUAUAUCUGAUAUUUUCAAAAAGUUGGAAAGAACAUCAAACUUGGAAUAA